AUGCACGUGCUUCUUGGAGGGAUCGUGUUGCUUGCCCUGGGUGCUGGGGCGCAGCUGACCGACGACCUGUCGCGAGAGCAGCUGAAGCCUUUGACGGCGUUCCGCCAGCAACAUCGUCGCUUGGUCCUCGUGGACUAUGAUGCGCAGCGCUCCUUGGCAGCCGCCAAUGUUGCGGCAGAGGUCCAAACGGUGCGCUCGCUCGUGAACAAGUUCGGUAAAGCCCAGCGUGCUGCGGAAGAGAUGGCACGGCUCGUCGAAGUACUGUUGAGUGUGCUUCUUGGAGGGGUCGUGUUGCUUGUCCUGGGUGCUGGGGCGCAGCUGACCGACGACCUGUCGCGAGAGCAGCUGAAGCCUUUGACGGCGCGUGGUUUGUUGCAGGUCGAUGGUCGGCUGUGUGCCGCAGCGUUCGUGCAGGUAGUCGAAAGCGGCGUGGAUUCUUGGGGCUAUUGUGGUGCGACGGACUGGGUCGUGGACUAUGAUGCGCAGCGCUCCUUGGCAGCCGCCAAUGUUGCGGCAGAGGUCCAAACGGUGCGCUCGCUCGUGAACAAGUUCGGUAAAGCCCAGCGUGCUGCGGAAGAGACCUUGGAAAUGUGCGACGGUACCAUCGUCGCUGUGCGACGAAGUAGAGAGCCGGAGUUCCUGGCCCUGGUGCUUCUUGGAGGGGUCGUGUUGCUUGUCCUGGGUGCUGGGGCGCAGCUGACCGACGACCUGUCGCGAGAGCAGCUGAAGCCUUUGACGGCGCGUGGUUUGUUGCAGGUCGAUGGUCGGCUGUGUGCCGCAGCGUUCGUGCAGGUAGUCGAAAGCGGCGUGGAUUCUUGGGGCUAUUGCGGUGCGACGGACUGGGUCGUGGACUAUGAUGCGCAGCGCUCCUUGGCAGCCGCCAAUGUUGCGGCAGAGGUCCAAACGGUGCGCUCGCUCGUGAACAAGUUCGGUAAAGCCCAGCGUGCUGCGGAAGAGACCUUGGAAAUGUGCGACGGUACCAUCGUCGCUGUGCGACGAAGUAGAGAGCCGGAGUUCCUGGUGCUUCUUGGAGGGGUCGUGUUGCUUGUCCUGGGUGCUGGGGCGCAGCUGACCGACGACCUGUCGCGAGAGCAGCUGAAGCCUUUGACGGCGCGUGGUUUGUUGCAGGUCGAUGGUCGGCUGUGUGCCGCAGCGUUCGUGCAGGUAGUCGAAAGCGGCGUGGAUUCUUGGGGCUAUUGCGGUGCGACGGACUGGGUCGUGGACUAUGAUGCGCAGCGCUCCUUGGCAGCCGCCAAUGUUGCGGCAGAGGUCCAAACGGUGCGCUCGCUCGUGAACAAGUUCGGUAAAGCCCAGCGUGCUGCGGAAGAGACCUUGGAAAUGUGCGACGGUACCAUCGUCGCUGUGCGACGAAGUAGAGAGCCGGAGUUCCUGGCCCUGGUGCUUCUUGGAGGGGUCGUGUUGCUUGUCCUGGGUGCUGGGGCGCAGCUGACCGACGACCUGUCGCGAGAGCAGCUGAAGCCUUUGACGGCGCGUGGUUUGUUGCAGGUCGAUGGUCGGCUGUGUGCCGCAGCGUUCGUGCAGGUAGUCGAAAGCGGCGUGGAUUCUUGGGGCUAUUGCGGUGCGACGGACUGGGUCGUGGACUAUGAUGCGCAGCGCUCCUUGGCAGCCGCCAAUGUUGCGGCAGAGGUCCAAACGGUGCGCUCGCUCGUGAACAAGUUCGGUAAAGCCCAGCGUGCUGCGGAAGAGACCUUGGAAAUGUGCGACGGUACCAUCGUCGCUGUGCGACGAAGUAGAGAGCCGGAGUUCCUGGCCCUGGUCUUGUGUCGUGUGGCGUGGUCGUGUUGGGUCGAGCUUUGUGACUUUGUGCACGCUGAAAUCGGGUGCUUCUUGGAAGGGGUCGUGUUGCUUGUCCUGGGUGCUGGGGCGCAGCUGACCGACGACCUGUCGCGAGAGCAGCUGAAGCCUUUGACGGCGUUCCGCCAGCAACAUCGUCGCUUGGUCCGUUUUUUGAUCCGGCGUGCUUUUUUGCCAGUCGUGGACUAUGAUGCGCAGCGCUCCUUGGCAGCCGCCAAUGUUGCGGCAGAGGUCCAAACGGUGCGCUCGCUCGUGAACAAGUUCGGUAAAGCCCAGCGUGCUGCGGAAUUGACCUUGGAAAUGUGCGACGGUUGA